AUGGGUAUAUCGGACAGCUUCAAGAUGCAUAUUGGUAUAUCUCCAUAUCAAUUGGUGUUUGGAAAGAUCAAUGAGAUGGAUGCGUUCCGUUUGAGAGCAUAUGAGAGGUCUGCACUAUACAAGGAGAGGAUGAAGGUGUAUCAUGAUAAGCAUAUUGAGAAGAGAACCUUUAAUCCUCGUGAUUUGGUGUUACUUUUCAACUCCAGACUUCGUCUGUUUUUGGGAAAGUUGAGAUCCAAAUGGUCUGGACCUUCUAAGGUAACUCAGGUGUUCCAGUCGGGUGCUAUUGAGCUUGAAAAUGAUAAGGGCGACAGGUUCAAGACUAAUGGCCAAUGA